AUGAAGCUCUGGGCGGCCCUCCUUCCACUACUGUCCGUCGUUUGCGGCGUCCUGUCUGCCUCUACCCCGGACAAGUUUGCAACAUACCAAAGCUUGUCUCGCUCAGGACCCGUUGAUUUGGAUAGUUCCUCUUACGAUGACCUGACAUCCGCACCUCGCGACUACUACUCGGUGGUCAUUUUGACCGCCACCGACGCUCGCUUCGGCUGUCUUCUCUGCCGUGAUUUCGAGCCCGAAUGGGAUCUGAUUGCCCGAAGCUGGAACAAAGGCCCCAAGCCUGAUGACCUCAAGGUGGUCUUUGGAACCCUUGAUUUCGAUAAUGGCAAGGCUGUUUUCCAGAAGCUCAUGCUCCAGACUGCGCCUGUCCUGCUUGUGUUCCCUCCUACCGUUGGCCCACACGCAAAGGUUGAUGGAAACCCUGUUCGCUUUGACUUUACUGGCCCGAUAACUGCCGAGCAAGUCUCCUCUUGGAUUGGACGUCACCUCCCCGAAGGCCCUAAGCCAGAGAUUGUCCGUCCCAUCAACUACAUGCGUAUCGUGUCUGUGGUUACCACCAUCAUGGCUGUCGUGACUGCCUUCACGGUGCUGUCCCCAUACCUGCUACCGAUCAUCCAGAACCGAAACCUCUGGGCUGCGAUCAGUUUGAUUGCAAUUUUGCUUUUCACCAGUGGACAGAUGUUCAACCACAUUCGCAAGGUCCCGUACGUUGCUGGUGAUGGCCGAGGUGGCAUCAGCUACUUCGCCGGUGGAUUCCAAAACCAAUUCGGAAUGGAGACUCAGAUCGUGGCUGCUAUCUAUGCCGUUCUGUCAUUUGCUACCAUCGCACUUGCCCUGAAGGUUCCCCGCAUGGAAGAUGUUAAGGGUCAACAGCUGGCUGUCUUGAUCUGGGCGACCGUUCUUUUCGGAACCUACAGCUUCCUGCUCAGUGUCUUCAAGGCCAAGAACGGUGGCUAUCCAUUCUUCUUGCCCCCAUUCUAA